AUGGUUUUUUGUUGCGACUGGAUAUCCAACUGGGUCCAGCCGCGAGAGCGCCGGCAAAAGCAGUCUCGUCGACGUCCUCAAAAACAACACCUUCCGAACCGACACGCUGCCCACGCUGCGAAAAACCACCACCACGUUCCGCGUGCACUCGCCGAUCACGUCCCCGCCGACGUCGGCCCAAAUGUCCACCGAAACAACGCCCUUGCUGGACGCAAACACCAGACAACCCGCCCCUCCAAGCAAGCUCCUGCUGAAAAUCCACGAUCCCAGCGGACAACACAAGCUGCAGCACGUGUGGACCGACAUCAUCGCCAGCCCGCAAAUAAGCCUUGUGAUUUUCCUCAUAGACAUCUCAGACACACUCACCAUAGAACAAGCAAGGACGAAGCUCCACGAAAUAAUUCUGUACAACAACGAGCACCGGAAGCUGCCAAUGAUCGUCAUAUGCAACAAAACCGACCUGGUGGCCGAUUACCGCUACUUUGUGGCCAACAAGAAGACAAAGAACCUCAAGCUGAAGAAACCGAUCCUCGGCUCCAACGAGGACGUCAUGCUGGACUAUCUCGGUCUCGAGUACCACGACACCAAACUCCUCCUCGACGGCCACACAGAGCUACUGUUUGA